CUCACAUUCCCAUCAACCACUGCAAGCUGUCUGCUGUAGGAACCAUCUGCCGUCUGCUUCAUAAACACGGGACAGCCAGCUGGCUGCAGCUAAUUCAAACUUAUUAAAAUGUUUGUUAGACUUUGAACCCGAUGUUUACCGCGCAGCUGCAGGUCUGAAGCUAAAUGUAGGUCACGGGCCGCCCGGUAACACCUCUGUAGAUGUGCUGACAGGGUAGUCUCACUUCCUUUCUUUGACGGGACGAGUCCUCCUCAGUCAUCCCACUGCAGACACAGACACACGGCUCCUGCGACCUCGUUAAUGAUGCGCUGAAGAUCAGUUUGUUGUGAGCUGACUGUGACGGUUACAGCCAUGAGGACGCAGGUUUCGGACAGGGCUGCAGCGACCUGCAUCCUAAUGUUGUGUUUGGUCUGUUUACACGUGACCGCCCUCAAAUCGCAACUUUUUACCCGGCUGGGUGGGCUGCCUUACUCCCCCGAGCCUCCAGUCAGCUAUAAAACAUUUUACUUUGACCAGAAGAUUGACCAUUUUGGAUUCCUCGAGGAUGGCACCUUCAAACAGAGAUACCUUCUGUCUGACAAAUACUGGCAGCAGCCCGGAGGACCCAUUUUGUUCUACACUGGAAACGAAGGCGACAUCACCUGGUUCUGCAACAACACCGGCUUCAUGUGGGAGAUUGCGGAGGAGUUGGGCGCCAUGCUGGUUUUCGCAGAGCAUCGUUACUAUGGAGAGUCCCUGCCAUUUGGACCAGACUCUUACAGUGACAGCAAACAUCUCAACUACCUGACCUCAGAGCAAGCCCUGGCAGAUUUUGCAGUGCUGAUCCAGAACCUUAAGGGUUCUCUACCUGGUGCUCAGCACAGCCCUGUUAUCGCUGUUGGAGGAUCUUAUGGAGGAAUGCUCUCUGCCUGGUUCAGGAUGAAAUACCCCCAUGUAGUUGUUGGAGCUCUGGCAUCCUCUGCGCCAAUCUGGCAGUUCACUGGUAUGGUGCCAUGUGGAGACUUUUACAAAAUAGUAACACAAGACUUUGCCAAAAGUGGCCAUAACUGCGAUGCGAGCAUCAGAAAGUCGUGGAAGGCUAUAAAUAAUGUCUCUUCCACAGUGUCUGGUCUUCAAUGGCUGUCAGAAGAAUUCAGUUUAUGUGCCCCUCUUAAAAACAAAAAUGAUAUCUUCACCUUCAAGAGCUGGCUUCAGGAGACCUGGGUGAAUCUGGCCAUGGUGGACUACCCGUAUGAAGCGAACUUCCUGCAGCCGCUGCCUCGCUGGCCCAUCCAGGUGGUGUGCAAGUACCUCAGCUUCGAUUCUGCCGUGUCUGACUACCAGCUGCUGCAAGGUGUCUCCCAAGCAGCGAAGGUUUACUAUAACUACACGGGAAGCUCUCCCUGCCUGAACACAUCGCAGACGGCAACCAGCAGCCUCGGCUACCUCGGCUGGUUUUACCAGGCCUGCACAGAGAUGGUGAUGCCCAUGUGCACUGAUGGCGUGCAGGACAUGUUUGAACCCGAGGAGUGGAACUUCCAGGCCUUCUCCGACGAGUGCUACGCCAUGUUUGGCGUCAGGCCACGGGCUGACUGGGCAGGUGCAGUCUACGGGGGAAAGGAGAUCUCCUCUCACAGCAACAUCAUCUUCAGUAAUGGAGGACUCGAUCCCUGGGCAUCUGGUGGAGUCACUUCUAACAUCUCACAUUCUCUGGUUUCCAUCAUGAUUCCUGAUGGAGCCCAUCACUUAGACCUGCGCUACAGCAAUGACCUCGAUCCACCCUCGGUCCGCGCUGCCCGGGCGUUAGAGGUGAAGUCUUUCCGGGAGUGGAUUAAGAAGGCUAAAAAGACACAUUGCGCUGCACCGACCCACUAGUCCCCAAAAUUCUGCUCAACUAAGAUAUUGCUGAUAUCUGAGAUUUAGCUUUAAGUUGGGUGAUGUGUUUUUUUUUUUCCUGGUGCUUUCUCUGCCAUUAUGCCAAAGCUUGUUUACUUUAAAAAAAAAAAAAUCAAUUUCACUCCUUUUCUGUGUCAAACAUUCAAAUUUGAAGGGCUCAAUGACAAAAAGUGCUGCAAAGAAAUAAACCUGUUUGUCAUAAAACUGCAGUAUCCACUAAUUUGAUUGUGUUAAGGUGUUUUAUCUCUCAUGUGAAGUUUGCCUCCGAGCUCGAGUGCUCCUCUUUUGGUUUCCAUUUAUUGGAAAAUUUGAGGUUUUUCUAUUUUUUUUGUCACUCUCAUUGAUUAGCUGCUGUUAUUAUUCAGGCACAUCUCUUAAAGUUAUUGUAAUAUGCAGAUUAAAAAAGCCUCAGGGGAACAUUUGGGCACCAAAUAUAAAGCCGAUCCAUUCUGAAGGCUUCUGCUGCACUUGGUGUAAAUAUGAAACUCGAUCUGUUUGUUGUUCACAGAAGAACACUGCCUUCCCUGCGUUUGAUCGUUUUCUUGAUUUGCUGUAAUUCCCAAAUAACUGUCAAUGAAACUGAUUAAAAAGCUACAGAUUGACUGUCA